GCAAAAACAGUGUAAAGAGAAGCGUCGCGACGCCGACACGCUGUCUCACCGCGAUGAAGCGCGUCGUUCCCAGGCCCCAGUGGCCUCAAAACAUCCACUAAAGAUAUAAUUUUCGAAAAAAUGUGCACAUUUCGGGCGAUUCCCAACUUAAAAAUUAAUUUCAAGAAGAUUAAUUUUAGAUAAUCGAAAUGUACGAACCGGUGGAUCGUUGUGUUACCACUAUCAUUACUCCGAAUUUUGAUAGUAUGGAUUUUGAAAGAAUGGAAAAGCCACCGGAAAAACCGCCGAGGAAAAAUAAAUUAAAUAAGCAGCUGAAAGAGGAAUCGAAUGAAGAAACCAAAAACAAUAGAAUGAAACCGGGUGAUGCUUGUGUCGACAUUGAUCAAAUCAAUCUCGAAGCCAACAACUACAAGAACAAAUUCACAAACGCCUCCGUCCAGACUUCCCCCCUUAUUCCAUACAGACUCAGGUUUUGGCCGAAAAACUGCGAUUUUAAAUGUGCUCCGGAAGAAAAUUGCUGUAGUAAAGUGGGACUGACUUGCUGCUGUCGAAUCAUAAGUCAAUGGGUGCUGUCCCAGGUGGGGCUCACUAUCGUGGUAGUGCUAUGGGCCUUGCUGGGUGCCUUCGCUUUUUACAAAACCGAGGGGCCUCGAGAACUCGCACAAUCCGAAAACUUAGUCAAACUCCAACGCAAUCUAUCUGCGAACUUAGCCAGCGAAUUGGAGAAGACGCCACGUGAAAAUUGGAAAUUCACAAUCGAUAAAUAUUUGCAAAAGCAUGAAACGAAUAUUUUAGAAGCUGUGAGUGCCGGUUUUGGAGAAGGAGGUGGAGGAAGCAUUUGGACUUAUCCUGGAUGCAUCCUUUUUGCCGUGUCUUUAUUGACAACUCUCGGUUUUGGAGCCCCUGUGCCCCGGACUGCGCUUGGCCGCGGCUCCGCCGUACUCUUCUCAGCCAUCGGGAUCCCCCUUCACUUCCUCCUCAUUCUCAACAUGGGCAAUCUUGGGGCCGUCCGCCUCCAACAGCUCGCUUUUGGCACUUCCUCCGACGUACCUACCUCCGAACGCCCCCGCUGGCUCAAAUGGUUCCCCUUCGUCUCCAUUUUAUUCUACUAUCUCAUGGGGGUUAUCCUAUUCGGCUUUGUACGGGGCCGUGAUCCCGUAGAUUGUUUCAUGUUCCCGUUGGAUUUCACGGCCGCCGGGGGCGUCGCCACCACUUACGGACACGUUAGGAUCCUUUACGCGUUGUACCUGGAAUUUGCCGUCACGUUAGCGGCCCUUGUCUUAUCUCUAAUUCAAGCUUCCGCGACCAGGGGCGUUGUCGACAUUGGCCUCAAACUGGGGCUCUUGACAAACACUUGAGCUGUGUAGGAAGUGCCUUAGUAGUCGCGUUGCACUUUGGUUUGACAUACAUAUCACUUCCGAGGGGCGGAGAGUAAGGGUGCGUCAGGGCGAUUGAAAAAAUACAAAUUGUAACCAAAGAAAAUGUGAAGUUGUUGGCAGGAAGGUAUGUACCGACAACUAACUUUUUCGUAAAUUAACAAAAAAAAUAGUUUAUUUCAAAUCUGUAAAACACCUCAUUGAAAGUUUGUUAAAAAUAAAAUUUGCAACUAGAAUUAAUUGAGUCAUGUGACUGUUGUGGAUAAUUUGAAUGUCUGUGAUGCAACAUCGCGCUGAUGUAGCCUUAAGAAGGACUGCCUUAAUGUGAAUAAAAUAAAACGUUAGAUUCUAGUCGUUUUAUUCUUUCUUUAGAAUAACAUUUUAAUAUAAAACUAGAUAACAUUAUGGCAUUUUAUUUCUCUUUGCUUCUUCAGUGUCGCUAAGAUUUUCAUUUUCAACAUCUCUAUCUACAACUUUCUUAGUGGUUUUUUGUGAGUGAUUUUCUUUGGCGUUCUCAACAUUCUUACCUUGUAGCACUAAUCUAAGGGCUUCUAAAAGUUCUUGUUUGUCUUUCGAGACAAAAAUUUUGCUACCUAAAAAAAUGUAUUAAUGUUAACAAAUGACAAAAAAAAAUUCUAUUGUAUAGUCUAUUUAUUUAGUAACUUAAUUGUUAUAUACAAAUAAAAAAUUCAAGCUA